GUUACUCUGAUUUUUAAACCGGUCAAUACCCUCGUAAAUUUUCAGCGAGUUGAUUCUCAAAGAGGUCGCAUCUCUAGGCCCAGCAGUGCCUCAAAGAGAGCUGUUGUGUCAAGCAGCCGGCCAAGUUCCUCUGGUGAACCUAGUGAAAAUAGACCUAGUCGUCUGGGCUCCAGCAGUGGUCGGUUGUCCACUUCCCAAAGGAUCCAACCUGGGAUCGAGUCCAAAUCAUCAUCAUUCACUCGAGCUGCAGCCACAAGAGGCGAGCGUGAUGAUACUCUUCGAAGCUUCGAGCUACUAACCAUUGGCACGGGGAGGAGGAAAUAAGGGGGUCUGCUUAUAUCGGGACAGAUUCCUCUCUGGCACUUUUAUCGAUUGCAACGCCCUAUUUCUCUUAGCUCAGAUCGCUAUUAUACACCAUCAUCUCUCCUUAGAACAUGCUAAAAACUUUGUUCCUUGGUGGUUCUUGCUAAAGGAAGAAAUCAAAUAUCUCUCUUACAGUAAAAAAAAUUGCUUAUAUUCUGAAACGAGGUAAUCGUAAUAAAAUACUCUUAGAUUUGAAACCAUGGCCUGUGAUUUGUGGGUGUGUACUCUGUGAUUUGUGGAUGUGUAGUACUCGGUUGCUGAUGGGAAUCAGUAAAA